GUGUCAAGCCAGUGAUGCAGUGUGCGCAUAUAAGUAGCACCAGUAUGCGACCUAUCUUGUCACAGACAUAUGCAUUUGUUUCUCACACUCAUACAUAGCACCAUGGGCCGGGUGAAAAGAUUUUACCAGGAUUUCAUCCAUAUCAAGCUGCAUAGCUUCUGCCGUAUCAGUGGAUAUGUUGUCGAUUCAAUAGCUUUUGUCUAUAGAUUUGUUGCAUUGCAUGUUCACCCCUUCUGGAUCCAACUGUCCUACUUCCUUGCCAUUGCUAUACUUGGUUCAGUCCUCUUGAUGUCGCUGAAACCAAGCAACCCUGACUUCAGCCCUCCUUACAUUGACAUGUUAUUCUUGUCAACUUCUGCUCUAACAGUUUCUGGCCUCAGCACCAUCACGAUGGAGGAUCUCUCAAGCUCUCAAAUUGUGGUUUUGACAUUGCUCAUGCUUAUAGGAGGGGAGAUCUUUGUUUCACUCUUAGGGCUCAUGCUUAGAGUGAACCAUCAAGACAUGCAAGAUCUUCCAAGCGUGAAGAUCAGCUCGGUUCCUGUCGAGCUUGAAGAGCUAGACUUGCCCAACAGCAUGGCACUAUGUGAUGAGUCGCAGCUUGAAGAAGCAGCUCAUGCAAUUCCACCCAAGAAAUGUACAGAGUUGAAGAGGAGUAGGUCUGUCAAGUGCUUAGGAUAUGUGGUCUUUGGGUACUUUGCCAUGAUCCAUGUCUUGGGCUUUCUGCUGGUUUUUCUGUAUAUAACUCAUGUGCCAACUGCAAGUGCCCCACUGAACAAGAAAGGGAUCAACAUCGUGCUCUUCUCACUAUCAGUCACCGUUGCCUCCUGUGCGAAUGCAGGACUCGUGCCCACAAAUGAGAACAUGGUCAUCUUCUCAAAGAAUUCAGGCCUCUUGUUGCUGCUGAGUGGCCAGAUGCUCGCAGGCAAUACAUUGUUCCCUCUCUUCCUGAGGCUACUGGUGUGGUUCCUGGGGAGGAUCACAAAGGUGAAGGAGCUGAGGCUCAUGAUCAAUAACCCCGAGGAAGUGCGUUUUGCUAAUUUGCUUGCUAGGUUGCCAACUGUGUUUCUCUCCUCAACGGUCGUUGGCCUUGUAGCAGCUGGGGUCACGAUGUUCUGUGCUGUUGAUUGGAAUUCUUCAGUCUUUGAUGGGCUCAGCUCUUAUCAGAAGACUGUCAAUGCAUUCUUCAUGGUGGUGAAUGCGAGGCACUCAGGGGAGAAUUCCAUCGACUGCUCGCUCAUGUCCCCUGCCAUUAUAGUACUAUUCAUCGUCAUGAUGUAUUUGCCAUCAUCAGCAACAUUUGCACCACCCAGUGGAGAUACUAAAACCACCAAUGAGAACACGAAAGGGAAAGUCAAGAGAGGGUCGUUGGUGCAGAAUUUGGCAUUCUCACCGCUCGGGUGUAACAUCAUCUUUGUGAUGGUUGCCUGCAUCACGGAAAGGAGAAGGCUCAGAAACGAUCCACUCAACUUCUCCACCUUGAACAUGAUAUUUGAGGUCAUCAGCGCAUAUGGCAAUGCAGGGUUAUCCACUGGUUACAGUUGUUCUAGACUGCAUCAGCUGCACCCAGAGAUCAUCUGCCAGGACAAACCAUACAGCUUUUCUGGAUGGUGGAGUGACGGAGGAAAGUUUGUGCUAAUAUUGGUCAUGCUCUAUGGAAGGCUUAAGGCUUUCACACUGGCCACGGGUAAAUCCUGGAAAGUAUGAUACAAGUGGCCAAGAUUACUUGGAAAGGCAGAUGUACCAAAUUGGUAUAACUGUCGCUAGUGUACUGCCUGAAGAAUCAGGCUUCUAAUUGGAUUAUAGUUUGUGGAUGUUGCGCUUGCAAAGGACAAGCUUCUGUUUCCCUGCUAAAGUCAUCUUUGUAUUUGUCAGUCAUCAUCAGGUAUCAAUGCAACUGAAGAAUUGAGCCAUCUGUUGAUGUGUUGCAUGCUAGAUGUAACCACAUGAGUUCCCCACAAUUGUAGCGAAAGAGAAAGCAAAUAUUAUUUGUAUUGUUGGAGUGGAGUUAAUAUUAUUGCACACAAUUUAUAAUACAGAUAAAUUUUGUGUUG